AUGUCACAAUUUACUAUUCCAUUGCUCUACGAAGUAGGAGGCAGACAGGCCAUUGUAACGGGCGGUGGAUCGGGGCUAGGCCAAAUGAUCUGCCAAGGAUUGGUAGCCAAUAACGUUGACGUUGCCGUGGUUGAUCUAUUUCAAGAGCGUCUGGACGAGACCGUUCACAAAUGUGAAAUAGUAAGAAAUGAAACAGGCUCGGCUAGCAAAGUCACAUCUUUGUGUUAUGAUAUAGGUGACGAGGUGUCAAAUAAACAGCUGGUAAGCUUCAUCAAUGAAAACUACGAAAAUGUGGAUAUUCUCAUAAAUUGUGCAGGAAUCAGAAGACAAAACCCAGUCACUUUUGCUCCAGGUGAUUCCCUCGAGAAGCUUCAGGAGGCCACUUGCUCCAUCGGAUGGAAAGAUUUCCGAGAUACCUUUGACGUGAAUGUGUUUGGAAUGUACUUUUUGACUGCUGGGCUAAUCAAAAAGCUAGGUGAGGCAGCGCAGAAAGGCGAUGGAAGAGGAUGUGUCAUUUGUUUCUCAUCGCCUGCAUCUGUGCACAAUAAUCAGUUUGUUCCAGCCUACCAGCUGUCAAAAGCUGCCAUAGACCACAUGGUGAGGAUCAUGGCUGCUGAGUUUGCCGAUAAGUAUAUUAGGGUCAACGCUGUAUCUCCAGGACUCUACGAGAGCAGAAUGACACCUAUGGCAGCGGACGAUCCGACAUCAAAUAUCAAGUAUGUCAGCCAGGUCCCUGCCCGGAGGGCAGGUCUUCCAGAAGAGAUGGUGGCCCUAAUUAUAUUCAUGUGUUCAAGGGGCGGUGCCUAUCUUGACGGUCGAAACAUAAGGAUGGAUGGAGGCAGAUUAUUGACAUUGAAGGGCCAUGUGUAUAGCGAUGAGUGA